CGGGGUAAAUUCUGGCUUCUCAUUGGCUGAUGAGCCUGUCAAUCAUCGCGUAGCGCGUUGCCAUUGGCUGAUCAUAGGGCGGGACGCGCGGUUUCCCGCCUUUCUCAUCCCAUUGGUCAGCGUUCUGUGAUUCCGCGCGUUGAUUGGCUCUUGAGCCCGUCAAUCAUUUCCCCCGCCCUAUGGGCGGGCAUAUGUACGCGCUUCUCGCGCUCUGAUUGGUCGAGGCUUCGGGCGCCUCGCUCCCAUUGGCUGCCGAGUCCUCCCCUCACGCUCAUUUCCAUCAUGGCGGCGGGCGAGGCGGUCGCGUUGCUGGAGGCGCUGCGGGCUCAGGCGGCGGAAGUGGCGGCGCACGGGCGGGAAAUGCUGCGGAGAGUGAGGGGAGGACGGCUCGACACCAAGGAGUUUUGGGGUUCCCUUUCCCCCUUGCAGGGCCUGUCCCUGCUGGAGCUGCGCUCGGGGUCCCUCCUGAGCUACCUGCAGGACCUGGCCCUGCUCGUCUGCGCCAAGGCCCGGGGGGG